AUGAAUGCAAAAUGCGUAUGUACACAAAAGCAAAUUAGUGAGAGAAAAUCGAUAAAUAUCAGUCCUGUUAAUACCAAAACUAUUUUUAUUGAUUUUGGAAAAGUACCCUUUCUUCAUAAAAAGUGUAAAGAUAUCUUAAUUGAUUUAGAACAACCCCUUAAUGAAUUUGAAGUUAACAAAACAACAAAUUGCCACGGGGAUAUUUUUACUAUUACCCCAACUUCCGGAAAAUUAAAUGAUAAAGAAAACCAGCUGAAACUAAAAUGUUACUACAAACCGCAGGCGCCGUUUAUGAAAAAUGCAGAUGUUUUUACUUUAACUUCAUCGAGCUUUAGUUUAAUAAUAACAGCUAGAGGAGAAUCAACAGGACCGAUCAUAUCUGUAUCUGACAAACACAUCAAAUUUUUUAUCACGUCUAAAGAGAAAAAUGGUAAACAAGUAUUUUCACUCAAAAAUGUUAACAACAUGCCCACAGAAUUCAUAAUUGACAUGGACCAUAAGCAAAAAUUGUUUAUUAUUACACCAACUAAGGGUAUUAUAGAAAAGGAGAUAUAUAUCAGAGUGACUUUUAACCCAAAAGAAUACGGAACAUACUAUCAGCAAUUAAAUUUUUUGAUAUUUGGCAACGAACCUGUAAUAGUGUCAUUAUUUGGAAUUUACAGUAAAGAAAAAAUUGACCCAGAAAAAACUUGUUAUAUAAACUACCCUGUUCCGUUUGAAGAUACCGUCAAUUAUAACGCUUACUUCAAAGAUCUUUGUCAUGACCUAAAAAGUGAAAAGAAAAGUUCACCAGUUUAUCUUAACACAACUGAUCUAGAUCUAGGAAUAGUAAUUAUAAAAAAUGAUGAUCUUUUUUCUGACGAUUUUAAUGGUAGAAAUGUAGCUUCUGUCUCAACAGAAACGUUGGCGGUAUCGUCCAAGAAUUUCAGUGUUAUCAAUGAUAUGAAACAUGAAAUAGUUGUUAGUUGGAUAGAAGAUGACAAAGUUUUUAAAAUUCUGCCUAAAAAAGCUAAUGUACCUCCCGGAGCAACAACGUUUUUUAAAUGCUUCUUUACUCCCUAUGAGAAUGAAAAAGUAUAUUUUAGAACAUUUACUGCACAAGUCUAUUGGUUGUGCGACUAUGCAAUGGCUGAUCCCUGUGCUAUUAAAACUGUUAUAGUUCCUUUAACUUUAUCUAUAAAUGUGCAAGGAACUUCUUUUCAAGAAAAUCAGAUACCGUUAACAAAUAUUGGACUUAAACCCCGACAUCUAUGCUUUGCCCCGAGUUUAGUUGGUACAAUUUCUUAUGAAAAUAUGCUAAUUUUCAACAAACUGCCUGGUCUUGUAAUCUUUAAACUUGUGGCUCCUGUAAAAAGCCGUAUCACCAUGAAACCAAUGACGGGAAUUAUAAAAACAUUUGUCAUAAUCUCUGCCAGAUUCCGAGCUAGCAAAAAGCCUAAGCCCCUCAUGGAAGUCUGGAAUCUAAUAAUAAAUGGCCAAGAGAGUAAACCGAUCUCUUUUUGUGUACAAGGAUUAGCAGACUUGCCAGCUAUAGAAGUUGGAAAUAAUAAUGAACUCAUUUUAUCUACAGCACAAGUUGAUACAGUAGCCAAGGAAACUUUCCUAAUGAAAAACAAGUGUUGCUUUAACCUAAGUUAUACUUUUAUAUCGCCAGUUGAUAAGUUGGUGUCUAUAAUACCAGAUACAGGGGAGGUUUUACCUUACGAAGAAAUCUCGAUUACUGUUUUGUUUCACGCCAAAGCGUGCGCACCAAAGGUUGUGGAAAUGGUUUGCAAACUUUAUGUAAAGCAUAAGUUGGACGCAAUUGUUGGACAGAACUACGACCAUCCCUUUAUUGUUUAUUGUGAUAGAGCGUAUACACAACUAUGUGCAACCCCAUUAUCUGAUAGUUUUGAUGUCUUCGAAUUUGGAGCCAUAAUCGAAAGUAACUUUAACAUAUUCAACUUUGGUCAAUCUUCCGUAAGUUUCCUUCUUCACGUUAAUUCAUUACAAUCAAACAAUGACAAGAUCACUAUCGUGCCUAAUUCAGGAGAUAUAGGACCCAGCCAACACUUGCAGAUUAACUUAAAAAUACAAUGCCUAACAAUGGGAGACAAUAACUUCAAUAUAGAAUAUUCACAGAGAAAUAUUUUAGAGAAAAAUUCAACUUCGAACAUAUUUCUAUUAGCUAUUGCUUACCAUACAACUGUCGGAAAAAUCCAGAUCGCUGAAGUCGUCGAACAUAAUUUUGGUGCCCUAUUUACAAAGUUGCAUUUUUGGGAGUAUCUGAAAAUCGACAGGUUAAACGAACAAUUUAACGAAGUCGAGCCUAACAAUUCAGAUUCGAUAAAUAUACAGAUGCCGGAUUGUGUCGUAGGAUCAACACAUUAUCUUACGCUAUUAGUGGAGAAUCCUACACAAUUCGAUACGGAGAUUAUUUUUAAAAGAAAAAAGGUUUGCAAUUGUGAAACUAAACAAACUUUAAUUACGUUUAAUACGACUAAAUUGCUUUACGAUUGUCCACAUAGAAAAGUAGUAAUGAUCGAAACUACAAACGAGCAGAUUGAGAAAAAAUCAAGCAAAAUAAUAACAUUCACAAUAAGUUAUCAUAUAUUAAGAGAAACGACAGUGGCGUACGACAUCCAUUUGAGUCAUAAAAGAUUAUUCACUCUCUACUUUCGUAUAUACGGAAUACCCACAGAUGAAAGCAGAGUAUCUGCCUAUAAUACUGAUUUUAUUAUGGCUUUUAAACCCGUCCACUUAUCUACUAGGAUUCCACCAACGCAAUUUUUUUGGUUAUACAAUCACUCUCAAUUUCCAGCCACGAUAGAAAUAAAAAAAUCAAAAAUGACCGGGAUUUAUAAGAAGUUAAAAUAUAAUGUGUUUGAAUGUACUCAGAACAAAGCAGAGAUCAGUCCUUUUGGAAAAUUUGCACUUAAGUUCAAAUUUUGUCCCAUUGAACAUCGAAAUUAUUCAGCUAAGAUUUCCCUUUUUAUAAAGGGAGAAGAAACAAGACUUACUUUAACAGGUACAGGCACAUUGGAAAGUCCAGUAGAUGAGACCUAUUUUCAUUUUUCAAUGCCACAAUUUUGUAAAUCUACAGGAAAAUUCCCAGUUGUUUUUUCAGUUGAUUACUUAAUAGUAAAUUGCAUGCCGAUAUGUAAUUACACCGAGAGGAUUAUAUUUAUUCAAAAUGUUACCACCGACAUAAUUAUCUACUACGAAUGGAACCGCGUGGAUAUUCCCAAUUUCAUUAAAAUACAGGCCCAAGAAGAAAAUGGUUACCUCCUACCCAGCCAGUCCCAUGCUAUUACCUUACAAAUACAAUCUUUUCAUCAAUCUCUAAUCUCUGAUUUUGUGUUGUCUUGUCGACUGGCUAUCGUACAACAAGUUUACCCUACGGGAAAAAAUGAAGAUAUGGAAAAACACUUGUUAUCCGAAAUUGAAAAGUGUCAGGAGGUAGAAGUUGAAAAAACCCAAUUAAAUGAAAAUAGCGUUCAGUAUAAAAUAGAUGUAGAAAACCAGGAAAACCUUGAGAAAGAUACUACUACAUCAUACAUCAUGACCCUUACAAUCAGAGUGAAUGUUGUAUAUACGCGAGACUUAACUAACUUUGUAAAACCACCAGAGAUUUUUACGUACCAUCCUCAAAAUAAACUGAAAAUAGAUGGUCUAACAGUAAAACAUCUAGAAAAAGAGAGAAACAUUUUGAAAAAUGAUAACUUCCACAAAAAUCUUAUAGAAGAUGUCUUAAGAAUGAUAAUUUCAGAUGUUGUCUUUGACGACCCACUUAAAGAAAUUGUAAAUGGGAUUAGAGAUGAAACGGACAUUUACUAUUCUCAAUUAAGCCAUGACAAAAAAGAAUCCCAAACAUUGGAUAAAGAACAUAGACUAAAACAAUAUUUUGUAAAGCCAUCUUUAUCAAUUUUAGCAGAUACAUUAAAAACAUUUAUUCAUGAUGGCAUAUUACAGACUUUUGAAUUAACUUCAGUAAUUGGGAAUAAAAUAGAACAAGACAACAAAAAAGAACAAGAUAUACUUGAAAACAAUAAAGAACCAGCUGAUAAGAUAAUUGUAGAACAGGUAGCUCCUGUAUGCAAAAAUCAGUGUAUUUGUAAAAAAGAGUAA